AUGGCCGACGCUCUCGCAGCUCUUGGUGUCGCAGCCAACAUUCUGAGCUUUGUCGAUUUCGCGACGAAGCUCGUCUCGAACGUUUGCGAGACGUAUAGAUCCGCCGACGGAUUGGUACACGAGCAUGCCAACCUGGAAGCGAUCGCCCGAGAUCUCACCAUCCAAUGUGACGAACUACGCAGAACCCAGUCAUCCGACAAUGACCUCUCUGCUUUGCUAAAAAUGAGCAAGGAUGUUGGAGUCGAGCUCCAGAAAGUCUUGAACCAACUGCGAUCGCUCGCUAGUGGUCGCUCAUUCAAGUUGCUUGCCAGUGUCAAGAGCGCCUUGGCAGCGAUGAGAAAGAAGGACAAGAUCGACGAACUCCAAAACCGGUUGUUCAGGAUUAGGGAUCAAGUUUUCUUUAGAAUCCAGCUUACUCUGUUGGAGCGACUGAAGGUCACCAGUGCAACGAUUGAGGACCUCACUGCAUCAACCAGAGAUUGGUCGAAAGAAACCAACAAGAGACUGGAAACCAUGUCUCGGGAUCUGGCGGAGAUACUGGGCACAGCCAGUGGUAGUGCUAGAGCUCUAGCCCCACUGGACACUCUCGUUGUACGACUACGAGAUUUCAUUUUCGAGUCUCAGAACCACGAGAGAAUCAAGCAUAUUCUUCAAAGUCUGCAUUUUCAGGAGAUCCAGGAACGACACUCCGAGGUCAAGCGUGCCCAUAUGAAGACGUUUGAGUGGAGUCUGGCCGAGGACUCUGGAACCAAUCUGGCUUCCUGGCUGCGUACCGGCAGCGGCAUCUACUGGAUCAAUGGCAAGGCGGGCUGUGGCAAAUCGACCUUGAUGAAGUACCUUCUCGAACAUGAGAAAGUACUAAGAUCGUUGAAACGCUGGGCCAGACCCGAGAGGCUCUUGGUUCUCAACCACUUCUUCUGGGCUGCUGGCACGCCGCUACAAAAGUCGCAGACGGGACUUCUGCGUACUCUGCUCUUCCAGCUCCUAAUUGAGUAUCCAGAAUUUAUGCCGAAGCUGCUCACCAAGCGCUGGGAGCCCGGCACAUUCAAGUACCUGGAGUCCUGGUCUCUCAACGAGCUUCUGGAUGCCUUUGGGGCUCUAAGAAAUUUGGAGAGCAUGCCACUACGGAUAUGUCUCUUUAUCGAUGGCCUGGACGAGUAUCAGGGCGAACACGAGGACCUGAUCAAGUUGUUACAAGAUUUGACCGCGGUCCCAGGGAUCAAAGCCUGCGUAUCAAGUAGGCCCUGGAAAGAGUUCCGAGACGCCUUCGGCCGCUUGCCCGGACAGCUUCAAGUGCACGAAUUCACCACCGACGAUAUCAGACGGUACGCAGAGGAUAAUCUGCAUCAGAAUGCCCAGUUCAUUCGCAUGCGUCAAGAUGACGUUCCUGGCGCCAAGUCGCUGACAGCGACCAUCGCCUCCCGUGCCGAUGGUGUUUUUCUCUGGGUAUUUCUGGUUGUCCGAUCCUUGCUCCGGGGCCUCAGCCAAGGCGACACCAUUGUGACCCUGCAACAGCGGCUCGAAGAGCUACCACAAGAACUGGAGGGCUUUUUUCUGCGCAUGAUCCAAUCUAUAGAACCUGUGUAUGCCAGGGAGAUGAAACGUAACCUGAGCUGGCUCAUAAUGGCGGGAACACUCCCUCUUGUGGUGUUUAGCGACAUGGAUGCGCCGUAUGUGGCUGCACUGUCCCACGGUGACCAUUAUGGGUAUCACGACCACGCUGCCGGAUAUAUCGUGACCUACUUCCGAGGCCGCGUGGAAAAGACGUGUAGGGACCUAGUGCAAGUUCGGGGAUCCGACUUCUGUCCCUGGGAAAGUAAAGUCGGCUUUCUUCACAGGACCGUAUCCGAUUUUCUGCAGACGGACCAAAUGAAAAGCUUGCUGGAAGAAUCAGAGGCGAACCAUACAGUCAGCCCCAGAACGGAAUUGUCAAUCGCAUUAGUCGCAAAUACCAAAAGGCUUAAGAUGGCAUUCGACACUCGUUGGAAUGAUGCCUCACAGACCUGGACCCUGACUGAGACGAUACGCCCUCGCAACGAGAGGCAGGAACAGGUGCACAAGCGGGACUUGGCUCUAUGCCUUCUAGAGUUGCAGAAGCAUGGAUACAUGUCUGGCGACUACUCCAUCGAAGCUCUCGACGAUCUUGACUCUAUCGUUGGUGGCGAAGCCCAACUUGUGCUUGACUUUAUCACUGACCUUGUUGGCUCUUAUACUCUGCUAGAGCUGGCACCGAUGAUUGGUAUGGGCUGGUGGCCUUGGAUCAAGUACGAGUCAAAAAUGCGUCAACAGGGCCAAUUGACAGAAGCGGAGAGUAAGAGAUUGCGGACGGUUCUUUGGACCUCUCUACAACCACAAUAUUCUUUUGACAUCGACGAGCAUGAUGCUCCUCACUCUCCCCGCUCAGGGAUAAUCGAUUUGAGCCUUGCAAGGAAGUUUCUAGACAGAUUCGGCUGUCAUUCUGACGACCCGACGUACCAAGGGCAAGGCGGCUGCCCAAUCUGGCAUGAGUUCAUCUCCAGCUUCGCCAAAGAUGUGGUUGAACAAUGUGAUGUGGGGCCUUCAUUGGGUGAGCUCGAUUCGGAUCUCCUCGCCAUUGAACCCAGAUAUGAGAUUUGCAAGUACUUUGCAUCCACGCAUGUGGGGAUCGGUUUCGAGUUCUCAGGGGCGAACGAUCGGGAGAAGCUACUAAAGUCGAAAGGAAAUUGGGAAGCCAUCCCAGAUGAGUUGCGACAGUACACCAAAUAUUCCGGUUCGUUUCCUCUUCGUGUAGCCUGGAUCGCGGCUGUUAGGGGAUUGCCAGAUCUCGCCCUCGUACUCAGAGCUGCGUUCGGUGAGGAUAGAGCCCUCGGGCUGCUCCGCAUCAGACGAGAUGUUCAGGAGUCUCAGUUGAGACAGCAAGUGUCAUCCGUGACGCUCGCAGGACGUCUUCGUGGCUUGUGGACCGCUUUGGUGACUGGAGCCUGGUAG